GGCGGGUCGCGUCUUGUCCCGCCUUUUCCCUUUUCUAUUGGUCCGUUUUCCUCUUUUCUGCACUCUGAUUGGCUGGUUAACCUGUCAAUCAUCUCCGCCCGCCUUCCCGGCUACGGGCGGGGCUUCUCGGCGCUUCUCGCGCUCUGAUUGGCCGCCGCCUCGCGCGCCGCGCUCUGAUUGGCUGUUGCCCUCUCCCCUCACGCUCAUUUCCAACAUGGCGGCGGCCGAGGCGGUCGCGCUGCUGGAGGCGCUGCGGGCGCAGGCGGCGGAGGUGGCGGCGCACGGGCGGGAGAUGCUGCGGAGAGUGAGGGGAGGGCAGCUGGACACCAAGGAGGGGGUGUCGCUGCUCCAGGUGCGCUCCCAGGCGCUCCUGCUCUACCUGCAGGACCUGGCCCUGCUCGUCUGCUCCAAGGCCCGGGGGGGCUCCCUCGGCCGCUCGGGGGGGGCCCUGGAGCGGCUGCUGGAGACCCGAGUGGUGCUGGAGAAGCUCCGCCCCCUGGAGCAGCGCCUCAAGUACCACCUGGAGAAGCUGCUGAGGGCGGCGGCCUCAGGAGGGCGUGGUGCCGAGGAUCCGCUCCGCUUCCGCCCCGCCCCCUCCAACAUGGCGGCGCAGGAAGAUGAGGAGGAGGAGGAAGGCCAAGGGGGCGGAGCCAAAGCGCCGGGGCUGGGGGGAGGGCGGCGCUACGUCCCGCCCCGCCUGGUGCCCGUGGCCUGCGCCCCCCCUGACCCCGUGGAUCGCUCCCGGAUCCGCGCCCGGCGCCGCGCCCUGAGCUCGGCGCUGCUGCGGGAGCUGCAGGAGGAGCUGGGGGAGGGGCCAAGGCAGGAGGGGGCGGGGCUUGGCCCCGCCCCUCGCCAGGACCUGCUCAGGCGCCGCUGGGAGGAGUCGAUGCUGCAGCGCCUCAGCGCCCCCUGGCGGCCGCGCCGCCCGCCGGGGGCGGGGCCCGACCUGGAUGACAUCACCAACUUCGGGGCUUUCCCCGCCCUCCUGGGAGAGGCCAAUCAGGAUUCGUCGGAGCCGCCGCAGAAAAAGAGGAAGAAACAAAAAAUGGGCAAGAAAAAAGGGAAGAAGGGUUUCCGCCGCCGCUGAUCCUCCAAUAAAGCUCCGGAAUUUACGCCUCA